UCUCACGGUUGCUUUGUGGAAGUCUGUGCAGCAUCACUGACACUGAGAGAAGCAAGAUCUCCUGCAAAAUCAGCUCAACAAGCAUCUCCAGCAUAUCUACCAGUAAUGCGACUCGCCAGAAUGCAGAUCUGCGGCGUCGUAGCCUCGGUGGAGAAGUUCGUCUUGCUGCUAUGUUUUCUGCUUCAGCUGUUCGGAGAGAAACGGAACGUGGCUACAGCGCAAACAGGAGAGCCGGUGCCCUACCUACUUUUCACAACACAAAACUCCAUACGGAGACUCUAUCUCAAUGGAAGUGCACCGCCACAGAUUCUAGUGGGACCAAACCCAGGGCGUAUCAGGAAGAUAGACUAUCACUACAGAAUGGACUACAUGUUUUGGCUGGAUGGCUCACUUGGUAGAGGCAAACUCAUGAGAGCUCGACUGAACGGCUCCGAGGUCACUACCCUACUGGAUUUCCUGACCGACCCCGUGGAUCUGGCAGUGGACUGGCUGAACGAUAGGUUGUACUGGGUUGAUGCCCAACUGAGACUCAUUGAGGAAUAUGACAUUUCGACAGGCAGUAGGAAGUUUGUUGCUUCCACUGGUUCAGCUGCUACCAGCAGACCAGCAGCUAUGUCUCUCUACCCAUACCCUAACUAUGGGUGGUUGUAUUGGAGUGACACACAAAAUCGGUCAAUCCAAAUGGUAUCGGUGACGGACGACCGCAGAUCAAUUAUUCAUACCAACAACCCCUGUGUCAACGCCCUAUCCAUCCACUACUGGUCCCACACACUCUACUGGAUCGACACUUGCACAUUUGCCAUCGAAAGUCUGAGACUGGACGGAGACUCUUCCACCCACAGUUUUCCGUUCAACGAGAUCAUAUUCUUCUCCACUGCUCUGCAAGUCUACAAUGGGAAGGUGUAUUACGCAGAAGGAGACGGGGUCUUUGAGGCAGACCCCGAUGGAGGGACUGAAAGAAGACAGCUCUAUAGUACAGCGCAGACCAGGGCCACCGGAGUUAAAGUUGUUCAUCCCUCGCGACAGCCAUCAUCUGCAGAGUACAUCCAGAUUGUGACGACUGUUGGAGACGAUUUCACGUUCGAGUGCAGUGGAGAGUGUGCCAAUGGCAAUUGCAUUCCUCCCGGUCUGUGUGCCUGCAACUCGGGCUGGAGAGGAGAGCUGUGUGAUAUAGCUCCCACGGUCACCACAACAAGAGUUGUCUAUUCAACAAGUGUCGUCGCCACGCCAACAUCGGUGGAAGCUUCGCCAACAGCGUCACCGACCAGCUCACCCUCCAGCAGCUAUACUGAGCCCCUGGUAUCAUCCACGCCAAUGGCAACACCAGUGGCAACACCAAUGGCGAUUCCACUACCAUCGACCACCAAGGCAAGGGUCUUCAUGGAGCCAACUCCUGGAAUUGUUGAGGCUGUUGAAAAAGAAGAAGCUGAGGAUGAGGGAAUUUUUCUUGGGUUUGGACUCUACGUCCUUAUUGGAAUUGGUGCUGGACUCGCCCUCUCCCUCAUAUUUGUUGCCAUUGCACUCGUGAUUAUCAUCGUCCUGUGCGUACGAUACAAACGACGCCGAAACAGAUCUUGGUCGCCUCAAAAGUCGUUCAGGUCCAACAGCAAAACCAACAUCGACACCAUGAUAUCAGUCAAGCCUUCAAAUGGCCACUCGAAUGGAAAAGUCAUCACCCUAUCUAAAGCUGAAGAAGCCAACCUGGAACAGUUUCAUCCAUAUCUGCUGUUCUCCACACAACAAUCAAUAUACAAGCACAUUCUAAACGGAACUUCAUCAACUACGACGCAAAUACUAACCCCUCCAUCGGUGAGAAUAGUGGGACUCUCCUAUCAUCUCAGAUUGAGAUCUUUGUUUUUUGCCAACGGGAACCGCAUACGUCCAGCUAUACUGACGGCUGGGAUCGAUGGCUCAGCCAUGACAGAACUCCUUUCUGAGAACUUGGGUGAACCAGCUGACUUGGAAGUUGAUUGGAUUAACGACCGACUGUACUGGGUAGACAGAUCCCUGAGGCAGAUAGGCGAGUACGACCUUGUCACCGGUCAUCGCAGUGUGGUGCUCUCUACUGGGCUCAGCUCCCCCUCUGCACUUGCUCUCUACCCUUACCCCAACUAUGGGUGGAUCUACUGGAUCGAUGGGACCAACCUAAAGAAGGCGUCUGUUACGGGCGAUGAUAUAUCCACACUGCGUUCAGAGCUAUACUGUGUGAACGUUUUGACAAUCGACUAUGCCUCGGUCACAAUCUACUGGAUCGACCACUGUCUUUACGAGAUCCAGUCACUCAGACUGGAUGGCGACGAUACAACUCACUCUUUCCCCUUCACCACAGUCAUACCGUUUGCUACCGGUCUAGUUAUUAAAAACGACACAUUCUACUGGUCGGAGCAGGGUGGAGUAUUUGAGCGACGAAAUGCUAGCGAUGCAACAGUGACUACAAUAUAUGGACUUCAAAGAGGUUUCAGAGCUACUGGUCUGCGGCUUGUCCAUUCAACUGCGCAACCACAAGUUGACGAUUUCAUCGAGAUCAUAUCCCCGACAAAUGCGACUCUGACCUUCCAAUGUUCUGCUGAGUGUGUCAAUGGAAACUGCAUACCUCCUGGGCUGUGUGCAUGCAGUGCUGGCUGGAGAGAUCGCUUGUGUGACGUCGAUGUGGAUGAGUGUGAGCGACAGAACGGAGGGUGUGAGCACUCCUGCGUCAAUGAAGUAGGAAGCUAUCACUGUGCCUGUCGUGAUGGCUACACACUGGCAGAUGAUCGCCACAUGUGCAAUGACAUAGACGAAUGCUCUGCUCAGGGCGAAGGGCCAUGCCAACAGGUCUGCACAAACCUCCCUGGAACGCAUCUCUGCAGCUGCCACAGUGGGUUCAAUCUGGAGGAAGAUGGGCUCAGCUGUAUGGCUGCCAUUCACAAUACAUCAGUUGAGCCGACAGCAGUAGUGACACAACUGUUGACCCCAUCAUCUACCGAAGGUGCUGUAUACUACUCUGAAGACCUAACAGUGGAAGAGUCUGCAAUAAGUCCUCAGUCAACAACCACUGGCUCAUUCAACAGCUCAACUAUAUCAGUAACAACAGCUACAGUACAUGUCCCAAUCGCAACAUCUAGUAGAGCAGUUGGCCCUUUGCCAGCUGGCCCUAGCUCCAGCAGCACUACUGAAGAUAGUGGUGUUAUCAGUUCACCUUCGGAAGAGACUAGAACUUCUGCUGUGACAACCUCACCAGUUUUGCUCCCGUACAACCUCAACCGUUUCUACUUUUAAUUUGCCUACUACAAUGACACAUGAGUUAAGCAGCACUUCUAGUUCAACUUCAGUUGGCCAGGGAAUGUCACAUCCACUGGAGUAUACAACAACCAUCGGCCAAACAACCAGUGUUGCUCAACCACAUGUUGUUCGCUCUUCUAAUCCUCCUGCACACACACCUGCCAGCAUAUCCCCAGGGACCUCUGAUGCAAGAGGUGACAGGAAGACCUCCGAGAUUCCACAUCCUUCAUCUUCCCAUCUCCCGGCACUCUCUCCCACCACCAGCAUCCAUGCAGACAACUCCUUGGCACCACUACCCACCUUCACACCUGAUUUAGAGGUAGAGGUAGCAUCGUCUAAGAAGGAUCAGGGUAAAGAGAGAGUAGUCAUCAUCGUGACUGUAUCGCUUGUUGCUGUCUGCCUCAUCACAGCGACAGCGGCCUUGUUGAUAGCUAUCGUGGCAGUCAGAAAGAAAAGGCACAGCAGUGCGAAGUACACCCCCAAGCAACAAGAGCAAGAGAGUCACACUUCUAUGACACUCAACUUGUCAGUCAAAAGAAUUUCAAACACAUUUUCAUACACGUCCAAACCUUGAUUGUUACACUAGUAGUGUGUGGAUUUGUAUGAGUAUAAUGAAAAUGUUCGUUCCUUGUUGUAAUGAUAUAUUAUGUACGUCAUGUGUGAAAUACAAAACUAAUCAUGAGAAUUAUGUUAGUGGCAAUGAUUUAGUAUCAUUAGCGUUAGUGAUGAAUCUCAAACUCGUCUCUUAGGGAUGUGGAAAACUUUCCGAGGGAUUUAGGAUUUUUGCAAUACUGCUGCCCGGAUCCAGUCUUCAAUUACAUCUUCAUACAACCUUUUCCAAAACCCAAAGAGGCCCGUCUUUUUCAAGUUUGGUAACACGUUUAUCUUUUUCCGAUUGUAAGUUUGGCGGACCCCUGCUAUUAGGUAUUGAUUGCCAGGGAUCAAGGGAUCGACUCGGGGACACCCGGGGCAAGUUGGUAUGGUGAUUAUCUGGCCCCUAUCAAGGCAGUGUCUUUUCUUGAUCUCCCAGCACUGAAUGAUACGGACAUCAACACCAGUACACCUACCAAAGUUCCCCACUCCAAGCAGC